CAGGGGUGGGGUCCUGGAAGACAAAAGCAAAUCAAUCGGAAAACGAGGGCGGAGGAAUCAGAAAGAAACGGCGCGGAUUACCGGGAGGAGGAAACACAGACACACACCACGGGGUUAACUUUACAAUAAAAGUGCUAAUAAUGGAAAGAAAAAGGGUUCAGUCCAUUAUCCCGCAAUGGGGGACAUGAAGACCCCCGAUUUUGACGACCUGCUCGCGGCGUUCGACAUCCCGGAUAUCGACGCGAAGGAAGCCAUCCAGUCCACUCCGGACGAGCCCGAGGGGGGCCACAGACCGGGGGCGGGGGGCGACCCCCCCUCGGACCCCCCGGGGGUGAGCGUGAUCGUGAAGAACACGGUCCGGCAGGAGGGCUUCGGGGAGGCGGGGUCCGACACGGAGAAGCCGGACGGGAGACCGCUUCCGACCGGCGCGAUGCCGGCCAGCGAGCAGAGCCUGGAGAUGCAGAACGGGUUCUGCGUUCCCUCCUCCCCCAUCUCCUCCCCCUCCUCCUCCUCCUCCUCCUCCUCCUCCCCCUCCUCCUCUCCCUCUUCCAACUCUUUUUCUAUUCCUUCGAUUGCCGCUAAUUCCUCCGAAGCGACGAAGCCCCUCGGUUUGCAGCACCCCCAGACGGUAUCCAACGGCGACCUGUGGUCCCCUCUCUCGCCCAAGACCAGCAGAGAGACCCCGGGAAGCAGCAGCAUCAGCAGCAUCAGAGGUAGCAUCACUAGCCUGAGUGGUGGAAACAGCGCCGACCUGAGCGAACACUGCUGUAAGGCUACAAAUAUCUUCUCCAGGCUGCGUCCUCUGGUGGCUCAGAGCCCAGUGGAUUUGAUAGGGAAGGGUAGGGAGCGUAAGGGUUUGCUUCAGCAGCAGCAGCAGGUUCAUCUUCAACAGCACCGGAAGCGACGGGGAGACGGAGGUGGAGAGGGUGGUGGUGGUGAUGAUGAUGAAAUGGAAAUUGAAGAAUCCGCUGCUUCCAGUGCCUCUGGGGUUCCUGAUGCAUCUCCCGGGGUUGGGGUACCUUUCUUUGCUCCUCCCAAAACUGCUCCCGCCCCCCCCUCGCCAGCCACCGCUGCCCCCCCCGUCUCCACCUCCACGCUCAAUUUGGAACCCCAAAAUAGCAACCCCUCCCCCCGCCUCUUGGGGAGCCCCCCUCCUCCUGCGCCCCCCGACCCCUCCUCCACCACCACCACCACCACCUCCUCCUCCGCGCUGUUCGAGAGAAACAGGGAGCCGGCUCAGGCCCGCCCCACGGGGGGGAGAUACUCCCCGGGUUCGACAGGGUUCUGCUCUGAAGAAUCGGAGCCGGAUAUCGGGAGCCCCCUGGUCAUCCAGGAGAGCCUGGAGUCUCCCACCUCUUCCCCUCCUGGGAGCCCCGGGGAAAAAACUCGGGAGCCGAGCCCCGUGGCAUCAAGCCAGCCGACGACACCCCAGAAAUACCCCGAAGCGCCUGCUUGCCCUCCUCCCUUAACCCUACCCCAGCCCUGGCCCCAGCCGCGCUGCCCUGCCACGACGGACGAUCUGGGAAGCAGCAGGAAAAAAAGCCCGGAGCACAUUGUAGAGGAACGGGAUUCUCCCCAAAGCCCGGAACCGGAGAUCCAGACUCCCCUUAAUAAUAAGACUCCACUUUCCAACAGUGUGGCUUCUGCUGUCAGUUCAGGAGGCAGUGGCAGCAUUGCUGGCGAUGAUGAUGAUAAUAAUAAUAAUAAUAAUAAUCCUGCUCCUUCUCUCCCGCUGCUCCCUAGCAGUCCCGGGGCAAAGCAGGAAGAGGGGGAAGGGGAACCCAAAUCGAGUUCCUCUCACUCCGCCAAGGAGUCCCGUUCGAUCCAGGACAGUCCGGAGAGCCCUAGCGAGGAGGAAGAGGGGGAGGAGGGAGGAGGAGGAGGUGGGGAAGAAGGGGAGGUAAUGGAGGCAGCAGAUGAAGAAGGGAGAGGGAGCCUGAGAAAAGUAGAGAGCGGAAAAAAUACUAACGGCAGCAACGGAAAAGGAGGCAACAAAUCUGCAUCGUCGACGUCUUCUUCCUCGGCUCCUUCCAGACCUUUAAAAGUCCGGAUCAAAACCGUCAAGACUUCGAGCGGAGGGAUCACCAGAACCGUGACCCACGUGGCGCCGCGCUCCGCAGCUGGGAUUCCUCACCCUCCCACAGCAACGGCAGCGAUCCCCAUGGAAACGGAAGCAGGGGGAGGAGGAGGAGGGAGGGAGGGAGCGGUCAGCCGCAAGCCCACGCAGACGGCCGAGGCGCCCAAGAGAAAGCCGGUCAGUCUGCAGCUGGGCGACGGAGCUCGGCUCAAAGGCCCCAUCCUGCCGGCUUCCACCAUCCAGAACGCCAGCAGCGCCAUGCUGAUGGCAGCCAGCAAAGCGCAGGGCAGGAUCGCAGCGCUGGCAGGGGCAACGAAACCGGAAAAGACCAAGCCGCUAGCCAAAGCCGCCAUGGGCCGUCCGGCGCUGAGCCCGGCCAACCAGAAGGCGGUGAACGGCGCAGCCUCCAAACCGGCGUCCAUCGUCAACAGCGGCGGCGCGGUGAUCUCCCGCAGCCAGACCAGCCUGGUGGAAGCCUUCAACAGGAUCCUCAACAGCAAGAACCUGCUGCCCAGCUACCAGCCCGACCUCAGCCCCCCGGCCGAGUGGAGCCUGGAGCUGCCCCAGUGCGGCUACCGCUGCCUGGAGUGCGGGGACGCCUUCGCCCUGGAGCGCAGCCUGGCGCGGCACUACGACCGCCGCAGCAUGCGCAUCGAGGUGACCUGCAACCACUGCGCCCGCCGGCUGGUCUUCUUCAACAAGUGCAGCCUCCUCCUGCACGCCCGGGAGCACAAGGACACCGGCUUGGUCAUGCAGUGCUCCCACCUGGUCAUGAGGCCCGUCUCCGUGGAGCAGAUGAUUGGGCAGCAGCCCGACCUGACCCCCGCGACGGGGCUUUCGAAGGUCAGAAACGCGGCUGCUGCGGCGACGGGGGGGGCUUCGAACGGGGGGCAGGGUACCCCCGGGGAGGCGCUGACCGGCCCGGGGGGGAAGAAGAAGGAGGCUCCCCUGCUUAAGCCCCAGCCCCAGCCCCAGCCCCAGCCGGCCCUGCCCCUCAGCUGCAGGAAAGAGGAGUUGCUGCAGUAUCGGAACUUCAAGUGUCCCGAGUGUAAGAAGCAGUUCAAGGGGAAGACGGAGCUCGCCGCUCACUUCCAGGAGGUCGUCUCCGGCUCGGAUUCGAGCUGCACGCAGUGUGCCCCGGUGAUGAUGAUGUCGAACCCUUGCAGCGGCUCUGCUCACCGGCGGAUGCACCGGCACCAGGCCCCCCACGUGUGCCCCGAGUGCGGGGGUGUGGCCCGGCCAGCCGGCUUCCAGACGCACCUCAAAGAGGCCUGCCUGCAUUUCUCACGCAGAAUCGGGUACAAGUGUUCCAGCUGCCAGGUUGUGUUCGGAGGGCUGAACUCCAUCAAGUCUCACAUCCAGUCUGUUCACUGCGAGGUCUUCCACAAGUGCCCCACCUGCCCCAUGGCCUUCAAGUCCGCCCCCGGGGCCCACGCGCACAUCAGCACCCAGCACCCCGGCCUGGAGAACCAGCAGGCCAAGAUGAUUUAUAAGUGUGUGAUGUGCGACACUGUGUUCACCCACAAGGCUCUGCUGCACACUCACUUCGACAUGCAUUUAGCCAAGCAGAAGGUCCACGUGUUCAAGUGCCCAGACUGCACCAAGCUGUACGCGCAGAAAACCUCCAUGAUGGAGCACAUCAAGAGCACUCACCGCAACGGGGGCACCAAACCCGAGCCCCCCCCUCCAGCCCCCGCCCAGCGCCCCUCCCCACAGAAAGCGGUGCGCUCAGCCGGGCCGGUGAAACCGGAACCACGCCCCUCCAGCUCCUCCGAGGACGAGGAAGAGGGGGACGAGGAGGAGGAGGAGGAGGAAGAGGAGGAGGGGGGCAGCUCCCCCGACCCCCCCCGCUCGCUCCGGGACGGGGAGGAGGGCAGGGUCCCAGAGUGGCGGUGCUUUGAGUGUAGGGCGCGCUUCUCUGAGAGAGACGAGUAUAUCACGCACAUGAGGAAGGACCACGGCAAGUCUGUGAAGAAGUUCCCGUGCCGGCUGUGCGAUCGUUCCUUUUGCUCCGCCCCCAGCCUGCGACGUCACGUGCGCGUCAAUCACGAGGGGAUCAAGCGUGUCUUCCACUGCGAGUACUGCACGGAGGGGAAGCGUACCUUCAGCAGCCGCCUGAUCCUGGAGAAGCACGUGCGGGUUCGACACGGGAUCCGAAAAUGGGGCCCCUCCAGCGACAGCGAGGGCCCAGCACGCAAGCGCAGAGCUCCCCUGGAGAGGGACAGCUCCUCGGACACGGAGGGGGGAGCAGCUGGAGGAGGAGGAGGGGGAGUGAGGAGGAGGAGGAUGAGGGUGAGCACCCCGACAAAGAUCAGAAAGCGCAAGGCACCCCAGCCCCAACCAGAACCAGCCGGGCCCUUCAGCUGCCAGAAGUGUGGCUUCACCACGGAGUCCCGGCCCGAGUUCCAGGCCCACAUCCCCCAGCACCGCAGCGAUGAGUCCUCUCACCAGUGCAGCCACUGCGGGCUCUGCUUUGCCUCCCAGCCCUCCCUCAACCGCCACUGCUUCAUCACCCACCGCGUCAAGCAGCCCAGCCCUGCCGGGGACCCCAGCGAGGGGGAGGAGGGACCCGGGCAGCAGGGCGGGCUCGCCUGUCAGGUGUGUGGGAAGCUGUGCGAGACAGCAGUGGAUCUGCGCACUCACUUUCGGACGCACGGCAUGGCUUUCAUCAGGGCCACAAAGACUGGGGGAGCGGAGAAAUAGACGGGGGGCGGGGGCUCUAGCACUGCCCACAACCCAGUCCUGGGGUUCAGAAGUCUCCUCAAUGAAGUCUGUUAUUAAUAUUGAAAUGAUCAGGAAGCAGGAGUUUGAGCAGGGUUAGAAACUCACACUAGCCCUGCUGCUGCUGCUGCUGCACCCAGUCCUGGGGUUCAGAGCUCCCCUCAAUGAAGUCUGUUAUUAUUAUUAAUAUUGAAAUGAUCAGGAGCCAGGAGUUUGAGCAGGGUUAGAAACUCACACUAGCCCUGCUGCUGCUGCUGCUGCACCCAGUCCUGGGGUUCAGAGCUCCCCUCAAUGAAGUCUGUUAUUAUUAUUGAAAUGAUCAUUUCUCGUACAGACCGUUACUUUCAUCCCCGGAUGUAGUUUUAAUUACCACUGUAAUUAAUGAAACCAAUAUAAUAUAACCCACUUUCUGUCCCUAAAGGAAUAGAGCUGUAGCGAAAAAAAAAUCCUGUGUGUAAAUGUUUAGUGACGGUGAUGCAAUCCUUAUAUAGCGUCUAUCAGAAAGCGCUGUACUAACCGCACUGCAUAAAACACCCCCCACCCUCCCCACAAAAAAAAACUGCGCUGAUGAAGGCGCGAGUCCGCGAUGACGCGCCGCCCUGCCGUUAAAAAGCAGAGUGUUUUAUCAACGUUUUUUUUAUGUUUUCCGCUACAAGGAACAGCGGCUGUCACAGUUAUUCAAAUGCAGUCCUACAGCGAAGGAGGCUGGUUUUAGAAGAUUGUUUUUUGGUUCAUUUUUUUUUCUUUGGAGAAAUUGUUCAUGUUUUUUGAGGGAGGAUUGGGGCGGGGCUGGGGGGGUGGUAAUCAUGAUUUUGUGUUGUUUUUUUUCUUCGUUUGUUUGUUUUUUUAGAUUUUUUUUUUUUUUUUUUUAUAUAUAAAGUGUUCAGUUGUGUUUUUAAAGUGCUGCUGCUUCUUGAGUUUUCGAAGCGUCAUGAAAGCGGCCCGGCCCGUGUUCUAGGGUUUAGUUUUGUUCUUGUCGGUUUAGCUGGUUUUUUAUAACACUGGUUCCUGUACAGCACCGCCCAGGGCAUUUUUAACAUUGCGUGCGUGUGUGUGUGUGCGUGUGCGUGUGUGCGUUUCUUUUUUGUUCGUUUGUUUUUGAGUGCACUAACAACUGUCAGCAUUUUAAAGCCUGAUUAUGUGUGUGUGUGUGUGUGUGUGUGUGCGUAUUUAGUACCUGAUAAACAUAUAAAUCCAGACCAAUACAACCCCCCCCCCUCCCUCCCCCCCCUUUUUGAUUUUUUACUUGCGCAGUGCUGAGGUGGGGAGGAGUAAACAGGUGGCUUCAUGCAGACCUCAGUGUGUAAAGCAGGGCAGCCAGGUUCAAUGCAAAGUGCGACUUCAAACUAUCAGAGUGAAAAAUGUGCUGCCCGUACAAACCUACCUUUCCUUCUUUCUUUCUUUCUUUCUUUCUCUCAUUUUGUCUUACUCUUGUUCUUUCUCGUCUCCUUUCUUUCUAUCUGCUCGUUUUCUUUCUUUUCUCUUUCUUUCUCUCUUCCUGUGAACAGCGCUGGGGUAGAAACUGAUCAAAACUCCACAUUUCUUGGAAUGUAAUAAAAAUGUAAAGGUUUGAAACGGCUGACCAGGGCUGCAGAGCCUGCAGGAAUUGAUUUUUAUAUAAUAUAUAUAAUCUCUAAGUUUUUGGAAUGGUUAUUUUUUGGAUUCUGUAGAGGAAAGCACUUUUUCUUCUUGUGAUCUGUGAAGUCAAACCUUCCAUUACAAAAUGUUCCCAGCAGUGCCGAGUAUCUCUCAGCCCUGUCCUUCAGACUGCAAAACCGAAACUGAUCUGAACCCGCAUAUAAACCUGAUCUUAUCUCUGGUUUUUGUUUUGUUUUUUCCCUAGAUCCAAAAAAAAAAAAAAAAAAAUCCGAUUACUAGCACAAAAAAACCGCAAUGUACCCCCUUAUCUCUGUAAUGUAUUAUAAAUCCCAGUUCCUUUUGUAUUAUUAUUAUUAUUAUUAUUGACUUUGUACGUAGUAAUUCAGUGCUCUUCAGAGCAUGGAGUAAAGAAAUGUAAUAUAAUUGUUGUAAUAAAAACGUGUUCUCUUUUUCA